CGAACGCGCGCCGCCGGUGCCCCCCGGUGUGGGCGUGUCCCCCGUGACGCAGUUCCGGUUCCGGCGCCGUCGCGGUGGCGGUGGAGCUGCGGCCGCCGCGUCGCUCCGGGCCUGGGCCGGCUCCCCCAAAACAGCACAAUGUCUGGAACUGAUGAUUUUUCGUUGGCAGAUGCUUUACCAGACCAGUCGCCUGCUAAAACCUCCAAAGUGAGCAGCUCCAAGCCUGGCCAGCAGCCGGGGCAGCCUCCGCAGGGCUGGCCAGCUUCCAACCCUUGGAAUAACCCCAGCGCCCCCCCUAUGACACCGACGGGACUACCACCAAACACAUCCGCUUCCAGCGUGCCCUUCGGACCUCCUCCCACGGGAAUGUAUCCUUCAAUGCCCCCGGGACCGCCUGCUCCAUUUCCUCCUCCUCCUACCGGACCCUCCUGCCCUCCUCCUGGUGGUCCAUAUCCACCCCCAACUGUGCCAGGUCCUGUCCCGCCAGGGCAGUAUCCGCCACCAAAUAUGCCCUUUCCAGAGCUUCCAAGACCUUACGGAGGUCCAACAGAGCCAGCUGCGCCUCCUGCUCCUGUUGGGCCAUGGGGAUCCAUGCCCUCUGGAGCAUGGGGACCAACAAUGGGAGGGCAGUAUCCUGCUCCCAGCAUGCCAUAUCCACCCCCUGGGCCAUAUUCCGCUCCUACCCAGACUCCAGGGGCCGCGCCGACGGUGCCGUGGGGCACGGUCCCGCCUGGAACGUGGGGACCUUCACCGCCAGGGCCAUUUCCUCCACCCACAGGAUCAUAUCCAGCUCCAGGACUAUAUCCUACGCCCCCUAAUCCUUUUCAAGUGCCAUCUGGUCCUGCUGGUGCUCCGUCAAUGCCUGGUGGUCCCCAUCCUUACCGUUGAACACAUUCUGGGCAACAAAAUACUGUAGUUUUCCACCUUCAUCCACUACUUACAGAGAUUUUUACAGUUUUUGUUUCAGUAAUGUUUGGGGCUAUGAAGAGUAUUGCCUCUUGUAUGUGCAUCUGAGGUAUGAAGGAGCAGUUUACAUCAAUUUACCUUGCUCAUAUGCUGGCGUAAUUGUUCGGUUCAAUAAAGUGAAUUACAAAGAGAAGAAAUCAACUAACAUCUGUGGUUCUUACCUUGCAAGCAUUCCUUGGAAAAAGAAAACGGGAGUUGCCAUCUAAGGAUUGUAAAGAAUCAGGCCCAUGGAGUUAAAAAAAAAGUUAAUUCUUAAAUUUCCAUUAAUGCUUUAAGUCUCGUUGCCAGACUCGUGCUGGCGACCGAACGGAUGGAUAGUCAUAUUUUGUCUAUUUUCAGGUUAUUCUAAAAUGUCAAUAAAUAAGGUGUUUCAACAUUUUAGUCAAGAAACCUAAUUCCUGAACGUGCUACAGUAACUGUAACGAGACAGAGCAUGUGAACUCCAAGGUUUUCUCAGCAUUUUGUACAUACUCAAACCAAUUCCUCAGUCUGGGACUACGGAGGAGAAGGAGCCGCGUUGGAGACCCUCGGUGUGACUUGUCGGCCACCGGGGUGUUGGUGUUCCCAAACAGGCGUUUCUGUGCAAGUGGAAUAACCUGGAUGUGCGGUUUUAACUUUGAAUCAGCAAAUGUGAGUUUUUGUGCAUGCCAAUGAGGACGUUCCCGUUGCCAGUUCUCAUUCUGUGGUGGUUGGAAGUUUGGCUUGGUCCGUGUAAAGAGAAACCGAUCCCCUCGUAGGUACUUCCCUGUUUCUGACCUGGGUUCUAGUCAUUUCAAAUUCUGACUUGGCUGCUGGGCUGUGCAAACCCAGCAGACUGUUUCGGAUCCCUGGAAACUGAACUCGAGCUUAAAAGGUGAAAAAAAAGCAAACCCCACCCUGACCAUCCCCUUCCCAGCAGUUUUUGGCACGACGGUUCCGUCGGCUACAGAGAUCCUUGUUGAGGAUGAGGGGGGCUCUCCUUGGGGUUCUGCUGGAUGUUAUCCUGGGAGCAGCCCCCUGUUCUCACCUGGGUGUGUGCAUACCUCACGGAGUCAGUGGAAUUUGGGAGAGAUUGAAUGUCAGGAAGCCUGUGCACUGCUGUGUAGCUGCCCCCCCGGCCUCCGAAGGGGCGCUGCCAUGAGUUUUCCUGUUCUUGCCAUAUCUGUGCAAAGCACAUCCAAGGGGUUUGCCAAGACACAGCCACGUGUCAGCCAGGAGUCCUGGCCCUCUUGGUGGUACUUCAUGGCCUGGGCUUGGGCCACAGACAGUUUGUUUCAUCCCCAGCUGGGGGAUCUCCUAACUUAGCCUCUGUGGGUAGAAUUAGGAACAGAUUUUCGCUUCACAUGGUAGCUCAUUAGGGAGUCUUUGUAUCAUGGAACUGUGAAAAUGAGUUUAAUUCUCUUCCAGUACCUUUGUGGCUUCCUGCAUGCAUGUGAUGGACAUCUUAAAAACACCGUGGGGUGACCUGGUGGUGACUCUUGUUGGUAGUUGUAGCCUUUAUGGCAAAAUCCUACAGUGUUUGUGCAGGAGGAAGCAGCCAGCUGAGCUAUGCCUGUUUUAAUCUAAUGCCAUGAAAACUGAUAGCAAAGGAAUGUGCAUUUUUUGUUUCAGGAAGGCAAUACUGGAGCUGAACAAAAAUACUUAACAUUUCAACUUAAAACCCAGCAACUUAACCUUAGGAAUAGGAACCAAAAGUAUGAGUCUCCACUAACCUUAAACAAACCCCAGUUGCCCCCCCCCAAGCAGUCUUGGGUUAGAUCUUGGCAAGACUAACUAAAAACUAACAUAAGAAACAUGGACUGCAUUUGCUGAAGUGCUUUUUUGAUACCUGCAGCCUUAGAGUGUAAAUCAAUGUAAUGAAAACACGUUUAUUCCAAAUGAAUGGAUCAUGCAGUAGCAGCACUCCAGCUGGAAUUGCACUGGCCGUAUGUCUCUGCAGGGAAUGGGAAGAGGUAGGAAAGCAAAAGUAGCAAGUAAUGCUUUUUGGAAAGGGGUUUUGUAAAAGUAACUAGACUUCUAGGUUCUUCCUGAAAUAGGCAGGAUUUAUUACUGGAACAUUUAGGCUAAAAUUCAAUAUAUAUGGGAUGUUUUUCAAUGUAUAUUCGUAUUUCUUGAGGUCAUGAAAACUGUUUCAUAACCCCUUUGUUUUUGUGAGCAGAGUUCUUUGCAUAGCAGUGAAAAGGGUAUUUCCUGUUAAUCUAUUGUGUAAAAACUCAAGGUGUCACUAUAUACCGUGUAGUAACUUUAUCACAUGUUAUGUCAAGUGUGAGCAACUUCUGGCCUGAAGCUUUUGCAAUGGAAUUUGUACAUUUCUAUGCAUCGUUUGAGUUCAACUGCUGAGAAGUUCGUUUUGACUUGUGCUUUGAGGUUGACAUACUGCAUUUGUUUACAAUACAGAAUAUAAGCAAUCACAUCUUUAAAGUAUAGAUUAUCACCUGCUGCUGUAUUUUCUUUAGAUGAAACAAAUAUUGCUGUAUGAUAGUGAGAAGCUAUAAAUACAGGAUUUGAUAUUUUUUUGAAAAUGCUGUCACUUUUGUAUAAGAUUAGACAUUAAACGUAUUUUCAAGACUGUUGUGUUCACUGUUUUUCAAUUCCUGCUUUUGACAUGCCUGUGUAGACUUUUGCCUUGAAUGAAUAGUAAAAAUAGGACAUCCUUGAUUUUGCAAAGCCUGAAUAUAAAAUCAGAAUUACUUGA